CCCAGAAUUCUUUGCGCCGAUAAAGAUGGGAGAAAGUAGCCGCUGUGUGAGAACAAUGUUUGCUUUUAGAAACUGAAGCGGGCUGCUGACGGUGAAGCGAACAAGAUAAAACAGCAGGUCGUGGACAUGCACUGGAUGAAACCAGUUGGAACUUGUUAAUUUCCCUCCUCACUGACAUUCGCCAUGAGCAUCGUUCAUGACAAAAUUGGCAGUGAAUUCCUUCGUGCCAGUGGGAGCAUGGACAGCAGUUUUGGGCCUGGAAUGAUUAUGUUCAGCCAUCUUCCACCGGUGGCAAGCUUCACCCGGCUGGCUGCUCAUACGGUCGUGCAGGAAUUUGCACCACAAGAAGUGAUCCUUAAAAAGGAGCGGGCCUCCCCUGACUGCAGUGGAGGUACCCAGGGUGGCACCUUGGCAUCUGCUGGGGUGGGAGAUUAUAUUAACCCUAUAGGUAUCAAGCAGGAGAAGCUUUCGGAGCAUGAUUGUCGCCUGCCCCUUUAUCCGGCUGGCCCGGGUAAGAACACCGAGCUUUUCCACGUGACAGUCAACCAGAGUGUGCUGGUGCAGGAUCUCUGCAUGGGAAAUCUGCCGAGUCAUUUAGGAAAGGAACCCACAGGGAGAAAAGGCCGAAGGUCAAGUGUUGAUGGACAGGAGGGCAAACCAAGGAAGGAAGAAGUGAGGCAAAGGUUUCAGUUGGUGUUGGAUGCAGAUGGAUGCAUUGUGUUGCCAGGAACAAAACCACAUGUGUGUGAGCACUGCUCUGCAGCCUUCAGAAGCUCCUACCACCUGCGUCGACACGUUCUCAUUCACACAGGUGAGAGACCGUACAGAUGCAGCCAAUGCAACAUGAGCUUUAUUCAGAAGUACCUUCUCCAGCGACAUGAGAAAAUCCACAGCGGAGAAAAGCCAUUCAGUUGUGACCAGUGUAAUAUGCGUUUUAUUCAGAAGUAUCACAUGGAGAGGCACAAGAGAACGCAUAGUGGAGAAAAGCCAUACAGGUGUGACACCUGCCAACAGUAUUUUUCUAGGACAGACCGAUUGCUUAAGCAUAAGCGAACCUGUGGAGAAUCCAUCAAGAAGGAGGAUCCUGGGAUGAUUGAUCUUGGUUUUGUAGACACUGGACAUGGCAGCUAUGAAGUCACUCAGGGAAAUGCUGGAAAUACUGUGAAAAAGAGGAGAAAGUUCAAAAAUUCUGGAGAGUUUAGCGAACGCAAAAAAAAGAAGGGGAGCGAAGAAGGGACAGUGGAAGCAGGUUUGAGGGACCCUCACAUUCAUGGGGCUGUAUCUGGAGGCUACAGCAUUCAUGAGUACUCUAUUGAGAAUUGCACGGUUUCCUCGUCCACUGAGUCAAGACCCAGCAUGCAGCAGAUCCACCAUAGCUGUGCUCCAAAGAUGUCUUUUAAAAAGGCCAACCACAAGGGCCUUGAUAAGUCUGGUUUGGGUGAGGACAAACCGUUCCCCUUAGAGCAGAGUGGGGGGCUGGCUGGCCUUGGCUUCUUGCAGGAAGAUGGGGCCAAAGUCGGGUCCACCAGCAGGAACUAUGAUGAUGCCAUGCAGUUUCUCAAGAAGAGACGCUACCUCCACACGGCAAACAAUGCAAACUCAUCAGGGUCUGCAGUGGCUGGAAGAACCAGCGGGGAGUAUGAUGGUGCCGGCCACAUGUCUUCCCAACCACCUGUCAUUCAGGGUGUUGUUUCUAGUGUGAUGGACAGUGACACGUCUCUGAGCCUCCUGGAUCCAUCUGCCAUGGGUGUGGACAAACGUGACAAGUCUGGGAUACCUGACGAGGUAAUGCAGAGUCUGCUUGACCACUAUUCCCAGAAAGGUGCCAGCUCACACCACAAUGUACACUUUGACAUCAGUGACCAGCGUGUGGAACUGAACCCACCACCUGCUGAGGGGCCUGAAAUUAGCCACAGUACGGACUCACCCAGCCCCUCAGUUGAUAAGACCAUCAUGAUGCACGAAUACUCCCGCUUCCUGCUGCAGGCCCUGGAGCGUACCAGCCUCAGUGCCAGCUUUUCUUUGGGCCCUAUACCCCCUUCCUCUGGAACAUAUAACAGUUCCCAUCCAGGUAAUCCCCUUUAUGCUGAUAAGAGCGUCUACACGACUUCCCCACUGGAGUGCGGCUUCGGUCAUUCGGUGGCUUCACCAUUGCUGCCUUCGUCUGUGCCAAAGUCCCACUUUGUGAUGCUAUCAAGCUCUUCUCCACAGGAUGGCUUCCAUCUGAGUGGCCUGGAGCCUCCUACACACCAGCAGCUUACUCCAUCUCAGGAGCUCACUGACCAGGUGGAGAAGCAGCACUCCUCCACUCCCCCUUCCUCCUACCAGAUCAGUCCAUCAGACCUGAGUGGCCAGAAGGAUCAUCCCUCCAUCAAGAAUGUCUCUGAGGUUUACCCUCUGGCUUCCUCACAGGAUCUGGCCUCUCUGGACUCCUCCAAGCCUUCCUACCAGAUAGAAAACUUUGCCCAGGCCUUUGGUUUACAGUUCAAGCCAGAUGUCUGCAGCUUGGCUUAUGCCACAGAUUCUAACGGGGAGCUGGACCUAAGGAUACGGACACCUCUGUCUGAAUUCUCAGGGUAUAGUAGUUUGUUAUCUGAUGUCAGUGAACCAGUAAGUACAGGUUCCAAAACUCCAACAAGCCAAAGCUACAGAUGAGCCUGGGAGGGAGACCAGUUUUCUUAUUUUUAUUUUUUAGUGAACUUGUUUGUUUUAAAUAGUUAUAUUGCCGUUCUGUUUAAUUGGCUACUCCCAUCCCCUCAUUAAGCUACAAGGCUUCCUGUUGCCUAUUAAGUUAAAGAUGGUAUGCAUUGGAUUUUUAUGGUUCUGUUUGUCAGAAAUGACUUGUGAGGUAAAUGUAGGGUUGUCAGCUAUGUUUCUUUUUCAGUGAGCUGAUAUUUUUAAGCAAUUCAUUAGAGCCUAAAUGAUACAGAUUUUUGGUGGAUCCGAUACCAAUAUUAGGCAGUAAAUAUGUGCGAUGCCGAUAUAUCUGGCGGGGUGAAAAAAAGCAGUAAUUCUUAACAUUUUCUGAAACCCUUUUGGCAAAGAAAUGCAAAUGGGGCUUGAUAUUUUACAUAAAAAAAAAAAAAAAUCAUGUUUUGCAUACAAUAGACUUCUCAUCUAUAUUAGCCCCACCUGGCUGGCAGCAUAGCGACUACUUGUCACUGUUAAAUGCUCACUCUGACUAAAUGAAUGACAACCAGUCACUUUGCCUCUUUGCAGCUAAUGAGACCAAGGGGUAAAGGGGUCCCAGCCAUGCUUGAUAGCAUUGGAAACAUUGAUGCAUUGUGAACUAU